AUGUCGGCGAAGAGAAGCUUGAGAAAUCGGAUCCAGCUGCUGAAGCUCGACUAUCGACGAGCAAGGAAGACGGCGCGGAGAGCUUCUGCGCCGUUUCAAACACCGAUGCAUGUGCUGUCUGCAUGUCGUCUUGAAGCACAGAGAUCGAGUCCUGAGUGGGAACGGGCGACAUUUCAAGAGGGUGAUGGAGGUGCACCUGUUGCCGGCGAUGAAGUCAAGGAGGUUAUCGAGCCGCGGGUUUUCCGACUGAGCAAAGAAGAUGAGCGUCCGGCGUUCAAGGGUCGGGUGUCGGGGAAAAGAUAA